CCGCGCGCCCGUCGUUCGCGCCGUGGCCAUGGCCGCGCGCCUCGCGGGCUCUGCGCGCCGCUGCCUACUGGCGCUCGUGCUGUGCUGCGCCUGGGGCACGCUGACCGCCGUUGCCUCGAAGCCGGGCUCAGGGUGCCCGAGCCGCUGCUUGUGCUUCCGCACCACUGUGCGCUGCAUGCAUCUGCUGCUGGAGGCCGUGCCCGCCGUGGCGCCUCAGACCUCCAUUCUGGACCUUCGCUUUAACAGAAUUAGAGAGAUCCAACCCGGGGCAUUCAGGCGGCUGAGAAACUUGAACACACUGCUUCUCAACAACAAUCAGAUCAAGCGGAUACCCAGCGGCGCAUUUGAGGACUUGGAGAAUUUGAAGUAUCUCUAUUUGUACAAGAAUGAGAUCCAGUCAAUUGACAGGCAAGCGUUUAAGGGACUUGCCUCCCUAGAGCAACUGUACCUGCACUUUAAUCAAAUAGAAACUCUGGACCCAGAUUCAUUUCAACACUUACCGAAGCUUGAAAGACUAUUUUUACAUAACAACCGGAUUACACAUUUAGUCCCAGGAACAUUUAAUCACCUGGAAUCUAUGAAGAGACUGCGGCUGGACUCCAACACGCUUCACUGCGACUGUGAGAUCCUGUGGCUGGCAGAUCUGCUGAAGACAUACGCCCAGUCGGGGAACGCACAGGCGGCAGCUACCUGCGAGUCCCCCAGACGCAUCCAAGGCCGCUCAGUGGCCACCAUCACCCCCGAGGAGCUAAACUGUGAAAGGCCCCGGAUCACAUCGGAGCCACAGGACGCAGACGUCACUUCGGGGAACACAGUGUACUUCACCUGCAGGGCCGAGGGCAACCCCAAGCCUGAGAUCAUCUGGCUCCGGAACAAUAAUGAGCUGAGCAUGCAGGCAGACUCUCGCUUAAACCUGCUGGACGACGGCACUCUGAUGAUCCAGAACACGCAGGAGACUGACCAGGGCAUUUACCAGUGCAUGGCCAAGAACGUGGCUGGGGAGGUGAAGACACAGGAGGUGACCCUAAGGUAUUUUGGGUCUCCAGCGAGGCUGGCAUUUGUGAUCCAGCCACAGAACACAGAGGUGCUGGUGGGUGAGAGCGUCACAUUAGAGUGCAGCACCACAGGCCACCCCGCGCCACAGAUCACCUGGACGCGAGGGGACCGGACCCCCUUGCCAGCCGACCCUCGGGUGAACAUCACUCCCUCGGGUGGCCUCUACAUACAGAACGUCGCCCAAGAGGACAGCGGGGAGUACACGUGCUUCGCGUCCAAUGGUGUGGACAGCAUCCAUGCCACAGCCUUCAUCAUCGUACAAGCUCUUCCGCAGUUCACUGUGACGCCUCAGGAUAGAGUGGUCAUCGAGGGUCAGACGGUUGAUUUCCAGUGUGAGGCCAAGGGCUAUCCCCAGCCAGUCAUCGCCUGGACCAAGGGAGGGAGCCAGCUCUCAGUGGACCGGCGGCACCUGGUGCUGUCCUCGGGCACACUCAGGAUCUCCGGGGUGGCCCUGCACGACCAGGGCCAGUACGAGUGCCAGGCUGUCAACAUCAUCGGCUCCCAGAAGGUUGUGGCCCACCUGACCGUGCAGCCCCGAGUCACGCCGGUGUUUGCCAGCAUCCCCAGUGACCUGACCGUGGAGGUGGGGACCAACGUGCAGCUGCCCUGCAGCUCGCAGGGCGAGCCUGAGCCAGCCAUCACCUGGAACAAGGACGGGGUUCAGGUCACAGAAAGUGGAAAAUUUCACAUCAGCCCUGAAGGGUUCCUGACCAUCAAUGAUGUGGGGCCCGCGGACGCAGGUCGCUACGAGUGCGUGGCCAGGAACACGAUCGGCUACGCCUCGGUCAGCAUGGUGCUCAGCGUGAGCGUUCCCGAUGUCAGUCGAAAUGGGGACCCGUUUGUCGCCACCUCCAUUGUUGAAGCGAUUGCAACGGUGGACAGAGCCAUAAAUUCGACGCGAACACACUUAUUCGACAGCCGGCCUCGCUCUCCAAAUGACCUGCUGGCCCUCUUCCGGUACCCGAGGGACCCGUACACCGUGGGACAAGCCCGAGCUGGAGAGAUCUUCGAGCGCACACUGCAGCUCAUCCAGGAGCACGUGCGGCAUGGGCUGAUGGUCGACUUAAACGGCACGAGUUACCACUACAACGACCUGGUGUCCCCUCAGUACCUGAGCCUCAUCGCCAACCUGUCGGGCUGCACCGCGCACCGGCGCGUGAACAACUGCUCAGACAUGUGCUUCCACCAGAAGUACAGGACCCACGACGGCACCUGCAACAACCUGCAGCACCCGAUGUGGGGCGCCUCGCUGACCGCCUUCGAGCGCCUGCUGAAGGCCGUGUACGAGAACGGCUUCAACACGCCGCGCGGCAUCAGCCCGCAGAGGUUAUACCACGGCCAUGCCCUGCCCAUGCCGCGCCUCGUGUCCACCACGCUCAUCGGGACAGAGGCGAUCACACCUGACACACAGUUCACGCACAUGCUCAUGCAGUGGGGGCAGUUCCUGGACCACGACCUGGACUCCACAGUGGUGGCCCUGAGCCAGGACCGCUUCUCUGACGGACAGCCGUGCAGCUCAGUGUGCGGCAGCGACCCCCCCUGCUUCUCCGUCAUGAUCCCCCCCAAUGACCCCCGAGCCCGCAGUGGUGCCCGCUGCAUGUUCUUUGUGCGCUCCAGCCCCGUGUGUGGCAGCGGCAUGACAUCUCUGCUCAUGAACUCUGUGUACCCACGGGAGCAGAUCAACCAGCUCACCUCCUACAUCGAUGCAUCCAACGUGUACGGCAGCACGGACCAUGAGGCCCGCGCCAUCCGGGACCUGGCCAGCCACCGGGGCCUGCUACGCCAGGGUAUCGUGCAGAGGUCCGGGAAGCCGCUGCUGCCCUUCGCUACCGGGCCGCCCACCGAGUGCAUGCGGGACGAGAAUGAGAGCCCCAUCCCGUGCUUCCUGGCCGGGGACCACCGCGCCAACGAGCACCUGGGCCUGACCAGCAUGCACACGCUCUGGUUCCGCGAACACAAUCGCAUUGCGGCUGAGCUGCUGGCCCUGAACCCGCACUGGGAUGGGGACACCAUCUACUACGAGACCCGCAAGAUCGUGGGCGCCGAGGUCCAGCACAUCACCUACCAGCACUGGCUGCCCAAGGUGCUUGGGGAGGUGGGCAUGAAGAUGCUGGGCGAGUAUCGCGGCUACGACCCCAGCGUCAAUGCCGGGAUCUUCAACGCCUUCGCCACUGCCGCCUUCCGCUUCGGCCACACGCUGAUCAACCCAGUGCUCCACCGGCUGGACGAGAACUUCGAGCCCAUCGCGCAGGGCCAUGUGCCCCUCCACAAGGCCUUCUUCUCGCCCUUCCGCAUUGUGAACGAGGGCGGCAUCGACCCGCUGCUCCGGGGCUUGUUCGGGGUGGCAGGGAAGAUGCGCAUGCCCUCCCAGCUGCUCAACACGGAGCUCACCGAGCGCCUCUUCUCCAUGGCGCACACAGUGGCCCUUGACCUGGCUGCAAUCAACAUCCAGCGUGGCCGCGACCACGGCAUUCCACCCUACCACGACUACCGGGUCUACUGCAACCUGUCGGCCACCCACACAUUCGAGGACCUGAAGAAUGAGAUCAAGAACCCCGACAUCCGGGAGAAGCUGAAGAGGCUGUACGGCUCCCCGCUCAACAUCGACCUGUUCCCGGCUCUCAUGGUGGAGGACCUGGUCCCUGGCAGCCGCCUGGGACCCACGCUUAUGUGUCUGCUUAGCACACAGUUCCGGCGCCUGCGGGACGGAGACAGGCUGUGGUACGAGAACCCCGGGGUGUUCUCCCCUGCCCAGCUGACGCAGAUCAAGCAGACCUCGCUGGCGCGGAUCCUGUGUGACAACUCAGACAACAUCACCCGAGUGCAAGCGGACGUGUUCAGGGUAGCCGAGUUCCCACACGGCUACGGCAGCUGUGAGGACGUCCCCAAGGUGGACCUCCGCGUGUGGCAGGACUGUUGCGAAGACUGCAGGACCAGGGGGCAGUUCAACGCAUUCUCCUACCACUUCCGAGGUAGACGGUCCCUAGGAUUCAGCUACCGGGAGGACCAGCCAGCCAAGAGAUCCAGGCCUCGGAGGGGACUGAGUGUCAGAAAACACAGCACACACAUGGGUAACACCACGGCAGCAGUCUUUGAGCACUCAGAAGGCCUGGCCACAAACGACUUCAAAGAAUUUGUCCAGGAAAUGCAGAAGACUAUCACAGAGCUCAGAAAACAGAUAAACAAGCUUGAGUCCCGGCUCAGCACCUCAGAGUGCGUGGACACGGAUGGCGAGUCCCACGCCAACAACACAAAGUGGAAAACGGACGCCUGCACCACGUGCGAGUGCAAGGAUGGGCAGGUCACCUGCUUCGUGGAAGCCUGCCAGCUGGCCUCCUGUCCCACGCCCGUGAAAGCCGAAGGCAUGUGCUGUCCCGUCUGCCCAAGGAAAACCCCAGAGGAAGAGCCCUAGGCACUGGCGGAGCUCCUUGUGGUCAUCUGCGGUCUUCGGGAGAUGGCGGUGCCGAAGGCUACCCCAGGACUGAGACCCAUCAGGACCUCCGGCCAGGCCUCGGGGUGCAGCACAGGCUACUCCAGCCCGUGUCCGUGCCAGGGAAGCAGAGCAGACAGGAAGGGGGACAGAUGUGUCCUCACUGCGUGUCAGACUUCUCAGGUUUUUAUUUAAUUCUUUUAACAUAAAAAAUUGGUGCUACCGUUAAAUUGCACAGUCCAGUCUUUAGGCUCCUAAAGUGAUUCUAGCUCAUGACAGUUGCUUUUCAAUGGAGCAGGUCACUCUGCAUGUCUCUUCCACCUGGGUCUGGGACCAGGAGGUCAGACAGGUGAAAGAAGUCCUGGAACAUCUGGAUGACAUCACAGGCUACACUGAAAAAGAAAAUCCACUUUGGCAAAUGGAACGGGGUCUUUGAAGAGCCUCCUCACUCCUCCUCCCUGUCUGCCCACUUCCCCGUCUGGGGUCGCUAACAUUUCUCAGCUCAUCAGCAUUUAACCGUAGAACAGAGCCGUCAUUCACCCCCUGACGCCAGUCCUGCUCCUUGCACAUGUGACUGUCACAUUAUUAAGCCACAUUUAGAAACGGGCUUGUUUCCACUGAUGGCGUGGCCCUGUACUGCACACCUCUGACCCGGAGGUGAAUGCCUCAUCCCAUGUCACGUGUGGCGACCUCCUGGUGGCCGCAUGCUUGGCAGGCAGUCUGCAGACCACGGCACGCAAGCUCAAGACCCACCCUCCACAUCCUUCCCCAGGUGACGUGCAGGGGGAGCUCUGUAACUUUGUGUUGUGUGAACCCUUUGAAAGAAUCAAUCCCUAUACCUCACGUGUACUUUAAAUUGCAUCAUGCUUUUUGAAAAUUUACCCAUUUUUCAGGUGUUGACUAUAGUAGGAAGAUCAUUUCCACUAUGCAAAAGUUGUUUGAGAAUUUAGUGAAAACCAACUAUCGUACCUCAUGGUCUCUUUUUAAUCAACCAAAACCUUCCAUUUGGUCCUGGAAACACAUCGAUCUGUGUUCUGAGGGACAGUUCCCCAAACAUGCGAGUUUUAAUCAGUGCUCAUUACUUGCCCAUGACCCCUCUGUGCCAGGCACUAUGAAUAUCCUGGAUGCCAGUGCAGGGACCAUCUGCCGAGAAGACAACCUGAAGACACAGGUGUCAUAGUGAGACAACGUAACCCGUUUGGAGACAGCAGCUGGCACAUACGGGCACUUGAGGGUCUGGUGUGAUUUGGGUGUGAUGUACAUGCCCUGGUGAGCUCGCUUCCCACAGAAAGAGACACCAGAAGCUAAGUGUGUAAGCCACUGAGUGUGCCACAGACAUGGGCCGCAUUCCAGCCCUGAGUGUGAGCAGCCCCACAGCAGUUUCAUCGUGGUGUGCAUCUUGAGUUCUUACCUACGCAUUGCUAAGUGGUAAAUAAAACCUGGUCAGUGUUCCCCGGGGCACGCACUUCUUUUGAAAUAUUAAGUCAAACUUGGCAAUCAGAUCUGUAAAGUAGGCAACCUAUGAGCGUCAAAAUUGGACGGUGUAAAAGUUGCUCAGGUGUAACAGUGACAGCAGAGUCUGUCUAUUCUGGGAGUGCUUGCUGUCUUGUGUGUCCCUGGGGGUGUUUGUGGUCUCUUGAUUUUGGCAGAAUACACGAGUACAGCGUGUGGUGGGCAGGUAGCUCUCUAAAUGGAAGAGAGGGAGCUAGCUGCAAUUUACAUCAAAUUCUGUGAGUCACCUCACAAUGCCGAGCGUCACCAGCUUAAUGAUGUGGUAUCUUCACUACCAAGAUAGGGACCGUGCCAGGAUGAACUCUUCUUAGCAGCCACUGUGAGGGGAUUGCUGUAACAGAAAGCAAAGUGUACAUAUUUAUUUACGUUUCUAACCAUUGCCGACAACCAAGUGCCUUCUUUAUGUUCAUUGUAUUCAGUACUUUACCAAAGAGACAUUUGCACUAUGUAACGAUGCCUUUCGGUUUAAAUAAAAGGGCCACAUUGUCAAGUGGA